UGUGACGUUUGGUCCUUGUUUUCCAGGAUGGACUUCCCCAGCUCCCUCCGCCCCACGUUGUUCACAACUGGCCCCCUGGGUCUGAGCGAUGUCCCUGACCUGUCCUUUAUGUGCAGCUGGAGAGACGUAUUGACCCUGCCAGAGUACCAGCCCCAGAACUCUGAGAAUGGGGCUCCAGACUUGGCCAAGGACGUGGUGUGGGAGCCAGUGACCCCUGGGCCCCUCCCCUUGCUACGUCCUGCCCCCGAUCCCUGGGACCCUGGCUUGACUGCCCAGGACCUGCUUUUCCGUGGAGGGUACCAGUACCGGAAGCAGCCUCGCGUCGUGCUGGACGUCACUGAGCAACUCAGCCGGUUCCUGUGGGACCAUGGGGAAAUAGCCUUCGCACCCCUGGGGAAGCUGAUGCUGGAGAAUUUCAAACUGGAGGGAGCAGGGAGCCGCACUAAGAAGAAGACAGUCAUCAGUGUGAAGACCCUGUUCAAGAACCUCGGUGGACACCAGCCCUGGGGGUGUCCCUGGGCUUACAUCACGCACCGGCAGCGCCGGUUCUCCGUCCUCGGGGGCCCUAUCCUGGGCAAGUCGGUGGCGAACCUCUUGGCAGAGCUGCUGCGCGAGGAGCUGGCAGCACAAUGGGAGCGGCUGCUUCUGGACGAGGCCUACACCGGGGGCGCGCUGGCCUGGGUGCCGGGCAGGACGCCGCAGGUCGGGCAGCUGGUCUAUCCUGGUGGAGGCACCCUGGACACGCUGUGUUUCCAAGAGGUCAAUCUGACCCCAGACGGCAACCUUGAAGUCCCUGGGUGUCCUGGACGCAUCCACCUCCGGGGACCUGUGCGGCAGGUGGCAACCUCCACAGUUCAGGGCGAAGGUGAGGCCCUAGACACCUCCCUCCCUCCCUGGCUGACCUGCUGCCUGACUCUUGACCGCUUCCCUCUCUUCCCCUCCCCAGCCAUGCUGGCUGUCCGUGCUGACUACCACUGUGCCGUGUGGAAGGUCAGGAAGCAGGGGCAGCAGCCAGCCCUCCUGCAGGUGCUGCAGGUCGAGAAGGGAGCCACAGGGAUCAGUCUCAGCCCUCACCUACCUGGGGAGCUGGCCGUCUGCAGCCGAUCGGGAGCUGUCUGUCUGUGGACCCCUGAGGAUGGGUUGCAGCAAGUUUACAGAGACCCUGACACUCUUGUGUUCCGGGACCCCUCUCCCUGGCGUUGGGCAGACUUCACCGCCCACCCUCGGGUGCUGACUGUGGGGGACCGCACUGGAGUGAAGAUGGUGGACACUCAGGGCCCACCGGGCUGUGGUCUGCUGCUUUUCCGCGGGGGAGCGGAGGCGUCGUGCCAGAAAGGGGAACGGAUCCUGCUCACACAGUACCUGGGGCAGUCCAGCCCCGAGUCUCUGCCCCCCACCCUCCACCUCGUCUGUACCCAGUUCUCGCUCUACCUGGUGGACGAGCGCCUGCCCCUGGUGCCGAUGCUGAAGUGGAACCAUGGGCUCCCCUCCCCACCCCUGCUGGCCCGGCUGCUGCCUCCGCCCCAGCCCGGCUGCCCACAGCCCCUGCUCCUGGCCGGCCAGGGCGGGCAGCUGCAGCUGCUGCCCAUCGCAGGAGGUGGAGCGUCCGCACCCCGGCUGGCCGGGCCCCCCCAGUCUCUUCCCUCCAGGACCGACUCCCUCUCUGCAUUUCCCCUGCUGGAGCCCAAGAGCCAGUGGCAGCUGGAGGAGCGUCUGAAAGCGCCAACCAUAGGCCUGGCCACCGCUGUCCCGUCCUCGGCCUCCACGCCGGGCCUGGUGCUCUUCCAGCUCUCAGCGGCUGGAGACGUCUUCUACCAGUGCCUCCGGCUGCAGGCGGACUCGAGCCUCUGCAGAGAUGCCGGGCCCCCUGGCCACCCCAGGCCUCCUGGUGACCCCGGGCCUGACUGCCCUGCCCCCACAGCCUCUUGGACCCCUCAGGACACUGCCUGCUGCAGCCACUGGCUGAAGGUCCUGCUGGAGGUGCCCCCGGAUCCCCCCGUGUGGGCCGCACCCACCUUCUCCCACCGCCAGCAGCUGGGCCACGUGGAACUGCGGAGGGAUGGCGGGAAAGUACCAGAGGCUCUGCGGGAGGCCAUGGCCAAAGGGCAGCUCCUGCUGCAGAGGGACCUGGGCCCCCUCCCCACGGCAGAGCCACCUCCCGCACCCGAGUCAGUCCCGGAGGAUGAGCUCAGUGAGCGUCUGGGGGAAGCCUGGGAAGGCCGAGGGGCUGCCUGGUGGGAGCGGCGGCAGGGCAAGACCUCGGAUCCUGGGAAACGGCCCAAGCGGCCCAAGCGCCGGACUCAGCUGUCCAGUACCUUCUCCUCGCUCAGUGGCCGCUUAGACCCCUUGGAUGCCACCAGCCCGCCUCACAGCCCACAGCAGACAUCUGCUAAGGCCAGGCCUCAGCCCCCAGCGACCCCACCCUCCCAGGAGCCAACCGCAGAUGUGUGGGCCCAGGGCAUCCCCCCAGAGCGGCGCAAAACCCUCCAAGACUACAUGGCCAAGCUGCCCCUCCAAAGGGACACCCCGGGAUGCACCGCCACACCCCCUAUCCGGGCCACCCCCUCCCAGCAGCAGGAUCUCCAGGACCAUGUGGCCAAGCUGCCACGCCAAAGGGACACCCCAGGACAUCGUGCCACAAUCCCCUCCCCGGCUUCCAGCAUCCGGGCCACCCCCUCCCAGCAGCACACACUUGUCCCCUCUGGUUCACAGCCCCACAGGAAGAAGCCUCGCAUGGGCUUCUGAAGGCACAGGGCAGGCUGCCGCCCA